GGUGUUGUCCAACAUGCCUCCUGUCUGCUCACCACUCCUCGUCACCCCACGCCGCUUGUUCACAUCUCUUCCCGUUGUAGCAAGAAGACCGUAUACCUGUAUCCCCUCAUACACCGCAUACACCGCGAAGAGACCAAUACCUGUCUCCGCAGUCCGCACAACUCCCCCGUCAUCAACCCGCACAACCCACCCUACCGCCAGAAUGGCGUCUUCCACCUCCUCCACCUUUGGCGAGCUCAAAAUCGAAAACACCAACAUCAACUGCGCUCCCGGCGUAGAACUCUCCUCGCAACAAAAGACUCUCGUCGGCUCCGUCCUCGACCUCUUCGCCGGCCGCCCUUCUCUCGCCAAACUCCAACUCUGGCAAGACCAAGCAGAGUUCAUCGACCCUUUGACCAUCGCCAAAGGCCGCAAGCAAUUCGAACCGCAAUGGUACGGUCUGCAAGUCGCCUUUAGCGAAAUCGAACGUUUGCACCAUGAAGUCACUUCGGCAGGAAAUCCCAUCGAGAUGGAUCUUAAGACGAGAUAUGUGAUCAAGGGAAUUGGCAAGGAGCAGACCAUUAAUUCAAAGGUCAAGAUUUGGGUUGAAGGGGACAAGAUUAGCAAGCUGCAUGACGAGUGGGAUGGGAAGCUGCCCGAGUCGGGGAUUGUAAAGGCUUUCCAGAGGCUCAACGCCAAUACUGUCCCGUACAUGGUCUCAGUCCCCAAAACAGCCGAGGAAGAUGCGAAGAGAGGCAACUAGUAGGGCCUCGUUGAAGACUACCCUAUGUUGGAACGACUUGAGCUUUGUUCAGCUGCAGCUCACGAGAAACGAGGCAGCAUAGCAUGAAUUCCGAGAAUCGUUAGUUAUGACCGAGCUAGACCAGUGCAGCUGUGCUACAACGACAGAUAUUUCUUAGCCCCGAGACAUUUUUGCGACUUUCCAUAUCCCUCCCUCCUUCUCAGCCAAGUUUUCUGCUUUCACUUCGAAUCCCGCCAGCACCUGCCUUGUAUAGUAUGUCAUGUGCAUAACGGCAAGGGCGCAAGUUCCAGUGUUUUCCAGCACGAAUUCGACAUUCCUGGAUUCCACGAUUGGCUACAGGUAGUCUCAUUGCAAACAGACACCAGCUUCCUCUUCGUCUCAGUGCCACCAAGUGAAAUGGCGAUAUGCCAGGCAGCCUCUAGCUCUUUUACAACGAAUAAUAACUCCCAUCCAAAAAUCGUACUUUCCACAGCCCCUCCCCAUCAUCCCUCUUUCUUCUUCUCAUGCCCAGCAGUCGCCACCUCCAAAAUUUCCUCCUCGAGCCCUCGCACAUAUAAAACUUCAACCCCAGCAUCCAUCAACUUCUUCCUCCCCUCAUUCACACCCACAAACGUCUCUGGCUCUUGCACUCCACACACCACCAUCCUAAUACUCUGUUCCCCAUCUUUCCUCUUCAACGCCAGAAUUCGAUCCACACAACUCACAUUCCCCACACUUCUCCUCUGACACGGUUCCAUGGUCGUAUACAAAAUAAUAUUUUUCGAGUUACCAUUUUUCGCGGAUAGAAUCUCGCCCAGCUCGGAUUCGCUGCACGAGUAUUCUUGGGCGAGUUUGAUGAAGCAGGAUUGUUCGGCGUGCGUGUUUCCGGGACAUUCGAGCGUGUAGCCUGUUGUGAGGGGGGCGAGAUUGGGUGGGGCUAGGAGAAGUGCUCCUACGCUGAAGUUUGUGGGUUUGGGAGGGGAUUUGCGCGCUUCGAGGAGGGCUAGGCGGAGGUAGUGGGUGUGGUCGUUGGGGCCGAAGACGGACAUGUUUGGAUGAGUUUGUAGGUUAGGUACCUUAGGUAUGGAACCCUCGAUUUUUG